UCGAUGUUCUACGACUCAAGUCAUCAGACAAAGGCAUGCCUUUAGCUGGAAUGCCGGAUGUCGCGCCAAUAGUUCAACUAGUUGAACCACUAUAUAAUAGUAGACCAAAGCCAUUUGAGGCCAAGUAUGAUUUCGAAACUAGCUUUCAACUGUCCAACAGUAACGCUUUCCAAUGGGAAAAAGAUGCCAAUACUUGGAAUAGGCACAUCACCCUUUGGUGGAUACUCUGACGAGGCAUUUGUCUACGCGCUCCGAGAAUGCGGGAUACGCCACCUUGACGCGUCAAAGUACAGCGGUAUCGAGGAGCAGCUCGCCGUCGCCAUCCAAGAAAGUUGCGUGCCAAGAAGUGAGCUUUGGAUCACCAACAAACUGUGGCCCUUGGACUACGGCUAUGAUUCGGCCAUGGAAGCCUGUCUCGCAUCAUGUACUCGAAUGGGAAUAGACUAUUUCGACAUGUACAUGUUGCAUUGGCCGGACAGCAUGCAGCCAGGCCGUUCCAACAGGGAACUGCGAGCAGAGAGCUGGAGAGCCCUGGAGGAACUAGAGAAACUAGGGCGGUGCCGUUCCAUUGGAGUGAGCAACUUUAUGAUCCAUCACCUGCAACAGUUAAAGGAAGACUGCGGUGCAGUGCCACACGCCAACCAAGUGGAGUACCACGUGUACCAACAGCCCAGGCAGCUGGUGGAGUACUGCCGUGAGGAGGGCAUUGUGUUUCAGGGGUACAGCCCCCUGGCCAAGGGGCAAGCUCUGGGGGACCCAACGGUCCUCAAACUGGCAGAGAAGUACGGACGCACGCCUGCCCAGAUCUGCAUCCGCUGGAACAUACAGAACGAGGUUGUCACAACACCCAAAUCUACCAAAAUUGAAAGAGUACGAGAAAACUGUGACGUGUUUGGGUUUCAGCUCGAGGACGCGGACAUGGAAGAACUGACCCAGUUGCAUGAUGGGAGACACGUGUGCUGGGAUCCGACAAAUGUGGAAUGAAACAUGGUUGCAGCGUUUCAACCAACUGCAGAACUACAUACCACCUGCUCUCCUGUUGCACAUUCAGUAAUCAGUAUGCACAUGUUCAACCAGCCAUCUCCACACAUACAUGGAACACCUAUCCAUGUGUCUUUUUCAACCAACCUUUACAAUAAACCAGUCUUCCACCACCACCCUGUGUCCUUUGGUCUUGGGAAGCCCAAUAGAAGUCACCUAGGUGGAGUGUUGCAGCCAACUAGAUGGCAUGUAGCAUGGACCUUGUUACAUAUAUCUCUAUAGAACACUUAAAACAGUAUAACACUAUAUAACACUACACACCAUACAGUAACAGAACGACCUAUAGAACAAUACAGGCCACUAUGGACACAAUAUAAUGCUAUAGAAAAGUAAACUCCAUAUGGGACUGAAGUGUGACAGAAUGAUCAACUAUAUAACUCUUGACACAAUGAUGAUGAUAAGUAUGGACACUGAAUCAUGAUAGAACCCUAAACUCUAUCAAC